CCUCCUCCGGCGACCGGCGGCGACAAGAAGGGUGCGUGCGGGCGGCAAGAUGGUUCCGGGCCUGGGAGGUGUCCCCCCCGGUCCUCCCAGGACUCAAAGGUCAUCCCUCGGAGUGAAACAAGACUGUGAAGGGCUCUACACCGCCGGCGACAGGGCCCCGGUCUGUGGGUGAGGGUCCCAUACGCAGGACUGACAUGACCAAACAUCGACCACACUCCCUGGGGGUCCGGUGUUCCCUGAACGAACUGUCCUUCCUGGGCGCUGCCAGGACUCUGGAUCCCCUUGUGCACACUCCGGAGGGAAGUAGAGAAUGGAACACCACACCACUGCUGUGGAGGCGAGAGGUGCCUCUCUGUAUGCCCUGGUGGAGUGCCGAAAGAGGGGCAGUGACAUUCACCGGGGCAGUAAUGCCAUCGUCAACAGACAGGAGUGACCUCCCUGGAAUGAUGAAGAUUAAACGUCGUAACGAGAGAGAGGGAGAGGGCCCCUCGCGCAAGCACUUCCUGUCGGAGGAAGCCAUGGCCGCCAGGUUCACCUGCCUGAGCCUCACCAACGACCACGUUUACAGCUCCAAUGGGUUCCCCCUCGCCAAGGGCAAGGACGCUUCAGGAAUCUCUUUUCAGGAUGAGGAAUCCAGGUUCGUGUUGGGAGGGGAGGAAGAGUGGAGCACGGAGUCGUCGGACAGGAAGGACGUGAUCGUGGAGGGGAUGUUCGACAUGAGCGACAGCCGGGUGAUCGUGGUGUCGCCGGAGCUGCAGAGGCGGCUGCAGCGCCCCCCGGACGACAUCCUGCCGCAGGAGGUCCUCCAGUCCAUGAGCCACCCCUGCAUGGAGCUGGUCCUCUGGCAAUCGCCCGGAAACCUCAUCCAGCGAGCCAUCCGGGCUCUGAGCCUCCAGACGGAGGGGAAGGAGACGGAGGACGAGACAGGAGGAGGGCAACGACUGACCGAGGCUUCACAGCAAGGGGACCAGAUGGAACUGUGAGGGAGAGAGGGGAC